AUGGCAGCAUUCCUGAGGUCAAAAUGUCCAUCAGUUGGGCGUACUUUGAUGGGAGGCCUUGGAAAUAGUUUGUUUGGAGCAGCCAACUCUUCUGUUGAGGCAGUAACAAGAUCUUCUCAUUGUGAUGCUAUCAGUCAGCAAAUCAGAACAUUCAUCCAGAUGAGGACCAACCUCAAGGUCGUGGAUAACUCGGGGGCCAAGCGGGUUAUGUGCAUACAGUCCUUGAGGGGGAAGAAAGGAGCAAGGCUUGGGGACACGAUCAUUGGAUCUGUCAAGGAGGCCCAGCCUCGUGGCAAGGUCAAGAAAGGAGACGUCGUCUAUGGAGUGGUCGUCCGCGCUGCCAUGAAAAAAGGACGCAGCGACGGCAGUGAGGUCCAGUUCGACGACAACGCGAUAGUCCUCGUGAACAACAAGGGCGAGCUGAUCGGCACCCGCGUCUUCGGUCCCGUGCCCCAUGAGCUGAGAAAGAAGAAGCACCUCAAGAUUCUGGCGUUGGCUGAGCACAUCGUUUGA